UUUAAAAUAAUUAUUUUUAAAAUGGAAGAAGUUACUUUGAAUGAAGCAGAAUCUCGUUAUUUUAGCGAUUUAUUUGUUUGUUGUGAUGUUGAAAAAACUGGAAAAAUUCCAGUUUUAAAAGCGACCGAAUUAUUUCGAUCAGCUAAUUUAUCAAAUGAUGCAAUACGGCAGAUAACAUCAAUUGCUGGUAUACCACAGACGGCCAUUCAUAUUUCAAGGUCACAAUUUUAUUCGUGUUUGAAAUUGAUAGCUGCGUACCAAGCCUCUAUUACACCUUUGCGUUCUGAGAUAAUUUCGUCAUCAAUUAGUUUACCUUUGCCAAGAUUUAGCUGGAAAGAAGAUCUGCCUUCACUUUUACCGCCGAGAAGACAAUCAUCAGCCGAAAUAUCCAGCGGAAUUUCGAAUUCAAAUGCAACUCUUAAUAAAUUAGCUAGUUCUUCAAAUUCAUCAGUUUCUGGUGCUAGUGGUGGUGCUGGAGGUUCAACAUCAUCGUUAAUUAUGGACUCAAAUGGCCUAGUAACAAUAAAUAAUGAAACAAGAGCAAAACAACGCGAUAACCGAAGUCCAAGUUUAGUUGGGCUUAAUAGAGCAACUGUGAUAACUGCACCUGGAGGUGAAAAAGCUAGCAUACCUUCGGCAUCUGAACUAUUAAGUACCGAUUCUGAAGUAGAACAUAACGAUUCCGGUGGAAGAGUAAAUCAUCGACACCGAGGAGGCUCCCCUGAAGCUUGGAGUACAAACAGUGACAGUCCAACUCCAACGAAUAGCGUAGCGGAAAGACCUUGGGCAAAAGAAACUUUGUGGCAGGGUUUAUUAGGAGAUGAACAUAGGCAAUUACUUGGAACUGAAGAAGAGUCUUCGGACCGACAUAGUUCUGAUGAGGAUAAUGAAACUGAUUUAGAAACUAUAUUUCAAAUAAGUAAUGAACAGAAGGAAUAUUAUCAUAAACAGUUUAAAGUUAUUCAACCAGAUCCGAAUGGUUUGGUAUCAGGUCAUAUCGCCAGGGUAUUUUUUGAAAAAUCUCGGAUCCCUGUUGAAGAAUUGCGUCAUAUUUGGCAAUUAUGUGAUGUAACGCGAGAUGGUGCUUUAAGUUUAGCAGAAUUUACAUCUGCAAUGCAUCUUGUAGUUUUAAGAAGAAAUAAUAUUCCAUUACCAAAUAUUUUACCACAAUGCUUACAUCCAACAAUUUUAUCAUCUACUAGUAUGCAUACACAACAAAAUGAACCCCCGGAAGCUGACUUAUUGCAUUUGGAUGAUGAUGAUUCCAGUAGUGCCAAAACUUCAGUUGUAGACGGAUCAGUUGUGGCAAAAUCAAAUAUGGAAAACAAAGAAACUGUUAGAAAAGUCUCAAUUGAUAAGGGCAACUCAAAAACUGCAACAAUAUCCAAUGUAACGCAGUCUGCAAGUAAAAUUCAUGAUAAAUCAAAAGCAAAAAGUCCCACACAACCUAAUAAAAAUAGAAGCAGCUCCAACACCCCCCCAGCUGAACCUGUUUCUCCGAUUCGUUUAAGAAUAAAGGAGUUAGCGAAAGAAUGGACAAAUCAAAAUAAAGAGUGGACUAAAUUUACUGAAUCUCCAACUUCUAAUGUCUCUAGUCCGGGUCCAAAACCAGUUAAUUUUGAUAUGCAAAGAACUGCACAAGCUGUUGUUUCUGACCCACAAAUUUUACAUCCAGUACCACUUCGAGUAACCCCUGUUGUUGGUCCUGAAGCUAAUGAUGAUGAAUUAGUAUCUAGUCGUGCAAUACGUAAGUCUGAAAAUUUUGUUUAUGAUCCAGCUUCUGGAACAAUCCGUGAAAAUGAAUCAAGUCCGAAACAACAGCAACAGCAACAACAUCAUCAUCACAGUUCAGGAGUAACUCAUCACCGAGAGUCAUUACAAGGAAAUGAUCUCCGAGCUAUACAGAGACCUCAAGCCAAGAAACUGCCUAGUAAAAAUAUUGGUGCGAUUCCACCUCCUCCACAGCGUGAACCAAGCAUAGGGAGUGGAAGUGGUGGUGAUUCAAAUGUUUUUGACGGAAGUUUACCCUCAACCGCAGGGACAACUAUUACUGCGUCAGGCUCUGGUAUUGCAAAUGUUAAUAAUUUGCCGCUACCAAAUAAAAAAGAACCACCACCAUUACCACCACCCAGACCACGUCACGCUCGCAGUAGCAGUUUAGAUUUGAAUAAGUUGAAACUUACUGGAAAUCAUCCAACUCAACCCGAAAUUAUUCAACAAACAAGUUUCGAUAUGCAAAUAGAUUCAAAUUUAACUGGAUUUGCUGAUUUUACUCAUUUUCCUGACACAAAUAAAACGAUGAUUUCUGAUAAACUUUCUACUUCGUAUAUUGGUUAUGAAUCAUCGCAAACAAAUGCUUCAUCAACAUCUUUUAUACAAUCAAUACCAACAUCAAUCCCACCACCACCGCGUCCCACCAUAUCUUCAUUACAAACAAGUCAGCGAGCAAGUGCUUUUGAAGUAUAUCGUAAACCAAAUACUCCAAGAAACUCUCAAUCACCACCAGAUCCCCAAUCAUCAUCGUCACAAUAUCAUCAACAACAUUUUCAAUCUUUACCUCCAUCUGUUGCCUCUUCAUUACAGCAGCAAAUAUCCGUUAGUGGAAAUUGUUCUAGUGGUAUUACCAUACCAAAUGCUAAUAUUGGACCUGGUUCUACUUUAUCGAUAUCUGGUAAUACAAUGCCGUCAACGAAUAGUAGUAAUUCAUCAGUAUCAAUAAAUACAGCAGCACUGAAUACAAAUUCAAUAGAUUACGAAAAACGUGUUAUGGCUAUAAGUGAACAAUUACGUCACGUUUCAUUAGCAAACAAUAAUAGUAAUAGUAAUAACAGUAUAAAUAAUAAAUUGGAUAAAAAUGUUGUUGAUAUAUUACGGCAUCUUAGGGAGCAAAAUAUUUUAUUAUUAAGAUUAUGCAAUGAUUUAAGUCAAGAAUUAUUGCAAAUUCAAGAACGUAAAGAAGAAGCACGAUGUAAAUUAGAUAGUUUAAGUAAUGUUGGCAGUAAUUUAACUUCAAAUACUAAUUUAACUAAUACUGGUACUGGAACUGUUUCUAAUAUUCAAACUGGUGGAAUCAGUGGUAGUGGAAAUAUUUCAACAAAUGUUACUGGUGGUUCCGCUAAUAGCGUUGGAACUCAUUCAAAUGUAUAAAAUAAAAUUUGGAAAAAUUAUAUAAAACAAUUAUUUAAAUAGCAAGAAAACUUUUUUUUAGUCCUAUACCUAGCUAUUAUUACUACACACUAUUAGGUAAAUCAGUAAAUAAAAUUAAA